AUGGAAAAUCUCGGCAGCAAUAACAGCUUAAUAGAGGACAUUCAAAAUAUCGAGGUCCCUUCGACGUCGCACGAAUCUGAUCCGUUUCCAGUUCCAGCGGACCCUUUUGACGGAUAUGUGAAUAUCACCGAGACUGACGACAAAUGGACGAAUGGCACCGACACCUCAUAUCACUUCGAUCUCAAUGCUCUUCUAGAUUAUAUGGGUGAUAAUCGAUGGCUAGUAUACUUAAUUGUAGGCAUUGGAUUGAUUUUGGUUCUCGCCACUAUCAUUUUGCUCAUUAUAUGGGUGAUGAAGCACAAAAAACGUGUUAUCAACCAGCAAAGUGAUCCGGUAUUGGUUAACACGUAUGAUCAAGAUGUUCACUGGAAGAGACUCUGCUGCGCCUGCUGCAAUUCGAAGUCGAAAACGCGUCAAGAGCAUCUCGAGAAUCGCCAAAACUCGUCGAGUAAUCUCGAGGCGUACGGCCGACGCGAUCCACUUCCAGCGGCCGCCUACAGCAAUCCGAUCGGCUCGUCGAAUUUCCAAAAAGAAAAUGAUUCGGAGCCCAUUGAUGAUCGCAAUUUGGCGGUUUACAUUGAUGGAAUCAGCGGAAUUCCGAAUCGAGUCGUCACUCCGCCGCAUUUCCGCGAACUGCCGCCACUUCGACUCAACAAAUAA